CAGAGUGAAGCGUCGUUGCAUUUGGGAGUAAUUUACUUCCAACUGCACCGUUGUAGUUACGGCGCAUAGCGACUAAAUGUUGGUGAGGUUGCAAUAAUUCACGAAAAGCAACACAGAUAAUGUCUUUUACACACUCAGGCACUUGACUAAUAAUGACCUAUUAGGCUGCGCAAAACUGCAGGAAAAUGACGAACACUGAUUGAGCGUUAGCCACUUAGCUGCGGUUUGUUUUUGCACUGAAUGACGUCAAAACGCUACUUUAUUGGGUCAUUUCAGGAAAAGUGCGGAACCAUGAGCCACGAAACAAGACUACACUCAGAGGACACGUCGGAGAUGUGGAGAAGUGGACAUGGAGCGUUGAACUUGGCUCCUCUGCCAGGUGAUAGGACAGAAGCCACCUACAAACCUGGGACUGAGACCAGCAGCAUGAAACAUCUGAUAGAAGAGAUGAAGACGCUUUACAAGCAGAGACUGAGAUGUCUGGAGCUGGACUCCUCUCUGACCAGAGAAGAGCUGCUACAAAAGAAAGUGGAUUUCCUGUGGUCUUAUGUGAAUGACUUUGCAGACCAGAACCAGGUGCUGCUUCAAACCAUCGAGGAACUUCACAAGGAAACGGAGCACAAGUGUUCCAGUUGGGGAAUGAAGCUGUGCACCUCGGAUCCUAAUUUAAGCGUGUCUGGAGUUGAUCUAAAGACUUUGUCGCUGGAAGAUCUUGAUCGACCUGCAGCUCACGUCCCACAGAACCCUGUUUCCUUGGUCCAGUUAAAAGGCCUCAAAAUUCACCUGCAAAACACGAACAUGGUCGCCUCUGAUCUGGAGCUGGGGAGCCAGGAGCAUUUAGAGCACAAGCUAAAGAACUUGCAGAGUGAGCUGUCUUGUCUGCAGCAGAUCCACAAAGACAAUAUGAAGGAAAUCGCUGAGAAAGACAUUUGCAUAACCAAACUGCAGGUGAACCUUGAGCUGCUGCAGCAGGAGUCGUCUGACUCUCGUGAUCAGGUCUCCAGGUUGAAUGUGAAAGUGAAGGAGCUGCAGGAGGAGUUGAAGGGGAAAGAGGAGGAGUGGGUGAAACAAGAGGAAGACCUGAAGCAGAAGACUGACGAGGAGCGGAGGGCCCAGGCUCAGGCUGCGAAGUCAUGGGCUGAGAAAGCAGCUGUUUUGAAUUCUGAGAUCCAAGGCAGAGAGGAGCGCGUGAGGCGGCUGGACCAGAAUGUGGCUGCGCUGCGAGCCUCCCAGGACUCCCUGAAGAGAACGCUGGCCGUGAAGGAGAAGCACACGCGGCAGCUGCUCCGCGACAACGCACAGCUCCGCGAGAGCCUGGCGACGCUGCGGAGCCAAUCGCAAAAGAGCGAAUGCACGUUGAGCCACAUCAGCGAAGCCCUGGAUCAGAGCAAAAGCUGUCUAGAGGCGGAAAGACGGCAGAGGCAGCAGAUCCAGGACCAGCUGCACCACAGCAGCACAGAGGUAGAGCGACUUCAGAAGGAGCUGGCAAUGGUGCAUCACGCAACUGAAAAAAAGAUACAAAAGAGAGAACUCAAGAUUUGUGCUCUGGCGAAGGAGCUCACGGAGAGUAAGCAGCAUCGCUCUGAAUGUCAGGAAGAGUUGUUCAAGAAGGAGAAGGAUCUGGAGAAAGGGUGCGAGGAGAGGGACGAGCUGAGGGUCCAGCUGGAGGCCCAGAGCCGAGAGUGUGUCCUCCUCAUCCAGACCAGAGAGAGGCUGGAGGCAGACCUGGCUCUGAGCCGCGAGAGGGUCCACACCUCGCGCCUGGAGGUUCGAAGCAGAGAUCAGUUCAUCGUGCAGCUACGAGCCGAGGUGACGGCCGCUGAGCAAAAGCACUGGGCCGCGCAGGAGCAGGUGGCAUCACUGGAGGAUGAGGUAAGGCAUUUGAACCGCGAUGUCAGAGGACGCCAGGAAGAGGCCUCUCAGCUAAGCAGAAAAAUCAGAGAUAUCGAGCAGCUCAAGGAGCAGAAGGAGAAAGAGCAACAGGAGCUGCACGAUCAGCUUCGUAUUAGUCAGCAACAGUUAUUGGCGUCACAUCAGCAGCUGAAAGGAGCCAAGCAGGAGCUGGAAAAUGCCACUCUGCAAACCCAGGAGCACAAAGAAGCACUGGCCGCUCUGAAACAAGAGCACGCGGCGGUGCUGGAGAAGGCGAACGCGGUUCAAGGGCAAGUCGAGCAGUUGGAAGAGGAGCUGCGUUAUUCACAGCAACAGCUGAGAGAGUCUCAAUUAGCAUCUCGUUCAGUGCAAAAAGAGCUAGUUGAACUGGAGCGGCGCCACCAGGAAAAGGUUGGCCAGUGGGAGAGCUCACGGGAGGCUCUUGACCGGCUGACAGAUGAGCUCCAGGCCAAUCAGAACCUGCUGAGGGACAGUCGGCAUGAAGUGGAGCACUUCAAAAAUCGCACGGAGUCCCUGCGGGCGCAGGUGGACGCGCUCAAACAGCAGAAACUGAUGUUGGAGCAGGACCUGCACCUCUAUCAACAGAGUCAUUCUCAUUCUGAUGAUGAGUACCUCAGUCUGGCAAAAUGCUCUCAGCAGCUCCAACAGCACUGUAGUGAGCAGGUGGAGCGCUUUGCUGAGUGUGAAAAGACUAUUCUUCACAUGAAGUCAGAGCUGGAGCGACAGGCCGAGAAAAAGGCGAGUUUGAAGCAGAUGCUCGCGUCAUCCCACAGCGCGCACCUGAGCAGUCGCAGCAAGCUGGAACAGGAAGUGUCACAUUUGAAAAAGGAAGUAGGACGCUUAGAGCUGGAGCUGGCCGACUCCCAAAAGGUUCACGCCGACGUCCUCGGGCGAUCGGAGGAGGAGCUGAAGGGAGCCCGGCGGGAGGCUUUGAGGAGCAGCAGGGAGCUGGAAGUGCAGAGAGGCGAGGUGCAGAGGCUUCAGGCCGAGUUACGGGAGGAGGAGGACAAGUUGAGGUGUGCUGUCACCGAGAAACUGAGUCUGAGCGCCUGCGUCAGGCGGCUGAGCCAAGAAGUGGAGGAGCUCCGCAGCAAGCACCGAGUGACAGUGGAAGAGUUGGCAGCCCGUGCGGACGAGGCGAGGCAGAUGGAGGGCUGCCUGAACGAGGGGAAGCUAGCGGAGGAGAAAAUGAGAUCAAUGGCCAGGAGCCUGGAGAUGGAGGUGGCAGGGCUCAGGAAGAACCUUCGGGAGGCUGUCGAUCAGAAAGCGGCGGCGGAGAGGGAAAAACAAGGCGCGCAGGACCAGGUGGACACGCUGCAGCUGGAGCUGGAGGCAGCGCGAUCAGACAGAGCGAGUCUUUGUCACGAGUCUCAGAUGGUCAUGACGAACGUCAGCCAGUGGAUUUCUGAACAGAAGGCUUCUAAUGAAAGUCUCGCUGCCCAGAUGAAGGCCCAGAGCAAGCUGCUUCUCAUUGCCACUGAAGAGAGGGAACAUCUUCAGGAGACUAAUGACACACUGAAGGCGGAGGUAGAGAGACUGAAGGGAGCGCUGGAUGAGAAGGACAGAGACGUGGAGGGAUUCAAGGCCCAGAUCCGGCACCAGAGCAUGCGGCUCGACAGGAGAACCGCGGAAAAUCAAGGUUGUGUGGCUUUAAACCUCAGCAAAAUCGAGGACAUGCAGACCAGAAUGCGAAGCAACCUGGAGGCCAUUGGGAUGUUAAAUCAACAAUUAAACACCCUCAGCCAGGAAAAUGAGCAGCUGCGUAGGCAGCUGGAUGAAGAAAGGUGCAUGCGCAGACAAAUGGAGCGGCUUCUCCCUCCCACCUCCCAGCACUGCUCCACCCACCUCCCCGUCUCCCCCGGUGCCCACCCACCGCCUGAGUGCGCCUCCCUCCCUCCGCUCCCUCACCUGCCUCACCCACUGAGCUCGACUUGGGUGACGGGGGACACGAGCUCGGCCGAGUGGAGCUGACGUCGACCGGGUGAGUCCCAGCGUUUGGACGACGGCGCCUCUUUGCUCCUCUGGAAGACAUUUGGUCUGGGAGGACAAGCAGGGAUCUGACCAAAUGAAGCCCACUGAAGACUUUGACCUGUCGCGACCUUUUGACCUCCAGCUCCUCGCUAGGGAGAUUCCGCGGUAUGAGGUUAAUGUCCUGCAGGUCAAAGUCAAUGCUCAGCACCUGAGGGGAGCACCAAAAGCAGUGAAUACUGCAAUUUAGCUUAAAAAAUAUCUUUACGACUGCAGCACGGAGAUGUUUGUUCUGCCAUGAAGGCAAAGCAGAAGGAAGCAAAACAUCACUGAAAAAUAAAUAUUUUUAAAUGUACUAAGCAUAAAAAUAGUAAUUCCUAUCACACAGCCUGCACCGUGUGCAUCUUUACUGCUGUAAUGAUUUGCCCACCUGCAUGUGAGCCACUGUUCACCCAACUUUCAGCCCGCAGGACAUGUAUUUGGGUAAUAUUCACCGACCGUAUACACUCCCUCAAAGAAUGAACGUUUCCAGUCAGAAUCACAGACUGGGGAUCAGAUUCAACAUUUGAAUUCAGAGGAAGUACAAGGAACCAGUGACAUUCAAACGGAGGACAGAGGUGCUCGACUCAGACACUUUGAAGAUGAAAACUUUGUUAAACUCUAUUCAAAGCAGCAACUCUGCCACUGGAUCGAAGGUGACUUCAACCAAGCCCAGUUCAACGGCACCACGAGUCUUUACAGACGGACAGCUGCCCUUUAUAAAACCUAGACUCGACUGGCAAAGCCCGAACCAUCAAACAUUCUCAAGCUUGUAUUGACGAUGUGUGAACCACGGCCGUCUCCUCCUUUACAGUCCUCUAAAACAUCACAACGCAGAAGCACUUCCCCCGAACAGCCGACUCCAGGUUGGACUCCUCCGCUUGCGCUGCAGCUGUGCACCAUGUGUCCUGCAUCCACUCAGUGUACUGAGUACAUUCAUGUGGGUGAGCGUGCGCUUCUGUUUGUUGGCUGUUCGAGGUAUUUAGAGUCGGGUUUUAUACUGUUAUGCUGUGGUGUUGCCUUUUAGUAAGUGAAAAACAAGCAUGUCAUUAAGCAAACAUUUCUUUCUGUUUUGUGUUUUUAUAUAUGCAAUAAAAGAAUUUAUUCUGCAA